AUGGCGGCCGCCGAGACGAAGAUCAUCUACCACCUGGACGAGCAGGAGACGCCCUACCUGGUGAAGCUGCCGAUCCCGGCCGAGCGGGUCACCCUGGGCGACUUCAAGGGCCUCCUCAACCGGCCCAACUACAAGUUCUACUUCAAGUCUAUGGACGAUGACUUCGGGGUCGUGAAGGAAGAAAUCUCGGAUGAUAAUGCCAAGCUUCCCUGUUUCAAUGGCCGGGUGGUGUCCUGGCUGGUGUCUGCGGAGGGGUCGCACUCAGAUGGGGGAUCUGUCUGUGCCGAUAACCAGCCGGAGCUGCCGCCCUCCAUGGAGCGUACCGGGGGCAUUGGGGACUCCAGGCCUCCCUCCUUCCACCCCAACACUGGGGGGAGUCGGGAGAACCUGGAUAACGAGACGGAGACAGAUUCAGUGGUUUCAUCGCAGAGGGAGAGACUUCGCCGGAAAGAUGGACCUGAGCAUGCACCCAGAGUGAAUGGGACGGCAAAAGGAGAGCGGCGCCGAGACCUAGGCGGGUACGAGAGCUCUUCCACUCUCAUGAGCAGCGAAUUGGAGACCACCAGCUUCUUCGACUCGGAUGAGGAUGACUCCACCAGCAGGUUUAGCAGCUCGACAGAACAGAGCAGCGCCUCCCGCCUGAUGAGAAGGCACAAGCGACGCCGGCGGAAACAGAAGGCCCCACGCAUUGAGCGGUCGUCGUCCUUCAGCAGCAUCACGGACUCAACUAUGUCUCUGAACAUCAUCACAGUCACUCUAAACAUGGAGAAGUACAACUUCUUGGGCAUCUCCAUCGUGGGACAGAGCAACGAGCGUGGGGAUGGUGGCAUCUAUAUCGGUUCCAUCAUGAAGGGGGGCGCAGUAGCGGCCGAUGGCAGGAUCGAGCCAGGAGACAUGCUCUUGCAGGUGAACGAUAUCAACUUUGAGAACAUGAGCAACGAUGAUGCUGUGCGCGUGCUGAGGGAGAUCGUGCACAAGCCAGGGCCAAUCACCCUGACUGUGGCCAAGUGCUGGGACCCCAGCCCCAGGGGCUGCUUCUCGUUACCCCGGAUUGCUCCCCAGCGGAUCUGGGCUGGGCCAGACUCUCCAUGCUCCGAUCCGGGUGAGCCCAUCCGACCCAUCGACCCGGCAGCCUGGGUUUCCCACACGGCAGCGAUGACUGGCACCUACCCGGCGUACGGUAUGAGCCCAUCCAUGAGCACAAUCACUUCCACCAGCUCCUCCAUCACCAGCUCCAUCCCAGAGACCGAGCGCCUCGAUGACUUUCACCUGUCCAUCCACAGCGACAUGGCCACCAUCGUCAAAGCUAUGGCCUCCCCCGAGUCAGGUCUGGAGGUGCGCGACCGCAUGUGGCUGAAGAUCACCAUCCCCAAUGCCUUCAUCGGUUCAGACGUGGUGGAUUGGCUCUAUCACCAUGUGGAAGGUUUUACAGAUCGGCGAGAAUCCCGCAAGUACGCCAGCAACCUGCUGAAGGCCGGCUACAUCCGACACACUGUGAACAAGAUCACCUUCUCAGAGCAGUGCUACUACAUCUUUGGAGACCUCUGCGGCAACAUGGCUAACCUGUCCCUGCAUGACCAUGACGGAUCCAGCGGAGCCUCAGAUCAGGAUACGUUGGCUCCACUCCCCCACCCAGGAGCCGCACCGUGGCCCAUGGCUUUCCCAUAUCAAUACCCACCGCCUCAUCCAUACAACCCCCACCCAGGAUUCCCUGACCCAGGCUACAGCUAUGGUGGGGGCAGUGCAGGCAGCCAGCACAGUGAAGGGAGUCGCAGCAGCGGUUCAAACCGCAGCGGCAGUGAGAGGAGAAAGGAGAGAGACCCGAAGGCUGGCGAGUCCAAGUCGGGCGGCAGUGGCAGUGAGUCGGACCACACCACCCGGAGCAGUAUGCGGCGGGAGCGGGCGGCCAGUGAGCGCUCGGUGCCAGCCAGCCAGCGCAGCCAGCACUCCCUAGCUCACAGCAUCCGCAGCCACCACAGCCAGCAGUCGUAUGGGCCGCCUGGCCUGCCACCCCUCUACAGCCCGCCCAUGCUGCUGAUGCCUCCGCCGCCUUCUGCCAUGGGGCCCCCAGGAGCCCCGCCGGGCCGUGACCUGGCCUCUGUGCCCCCUGAACUGACGGCCAGUAGACAGUCGUUCCGAAUGGCCAUGGGCAAUCCCACAAAGAAUUACGGGGUGUUUGACUUCCUCUGA